AUGGCUACAAAAGUUCGCCCACCUUCUACUGACGCAGAAAAAAUGGAGGUUGGAGAAAUAGAUACAAGAGCUCCUUUUGAAUCUGUCAAAGCUGCAGUGAGCUUAUUUGGUGAAGUAAGGUUUUCAUCUGACAAAUCAGCUGCGAGAAAGCCAAAGGCUCCUCAGGCAGAGAAGGUGUUAGCUAAGGAGACCGAACUUCAUUUGGCCCAGAAAGAGUUGAAUAAAUACAGGGAACAACUGAGUAAUGCUGAAACAGCCAGACUACAGUCCCUCUCCGAGUUGGAGAAAGCUAGAAAAACUGUUGAUGAGCUAACUACUAAGCUGGAUGCAAUCAAUAAAUCCAAAGAGAUGGCUAUUCAAGCCACGGAAGAUACAAAGACUCGAACCAAGCAGCUUGAAGGAGGCAACCCGAAGGAAGCUGUUCGAAAAGAUAGUCCCUUGAAGCAGGAACUGGACAGUGCAAGGCAACAGUAUGCGGUUGCUCUGGCAGACCUCGAUGCAGCCAAACAGGAGCUGAGGAAGCUCAAGAAGGAUUUUGAAACCUCAUUAGAUAUGAGGCUGUCUGCUGCCCAGAAGGAAGAGGAAUCAUUGCACUCGAUAGAAGCCAACAAGGAAAAGGCUGCUCAACUUCGUAAUGAGUCUAAAGCAAUUCAGGAAUCGCUUAUGCACAUGAAGGCAGCUACAGAACAAUUACAGGAAGAAGAGUCGCAAGUCCUUGAUGAGAAGGAUGUUGCUAGGAAUGCAUAUAAACAGGCUUUGGAAGAAGCUGAGAAGAAAUUGUCAUAUUUGAGAAAUGAAUUUGAUCCUGCUGCUUAUAAAACCCUUAAAGAAAAGCUAGAUGAGACCAACUCUGAGAUUUCAUCAAUGCAGAAAAAGAUCGAAGAUGCCCGUGCUCUAGAUUUAGAAACUGUUGCUGCUAUCACCACAGAAUUGGAUGAUGCGAAGGAAAUGUUGCAGAAAGUAGCUGAAGAGGAAAGCACACUUCAGAACUUAGUAGAAUCACUGAAGCUGGAGUUAGCAGCUGCAAAGCAGGACCACAGUCAACUCAAAGAGAAGGAUACAGAUACUGAAUCCAUUGUUGCAGAUCUACAUGUCAAGCUUCAGAAAUGCAAAUCUGAGCUUGAGGUAGCUGUUUGUGCUGAAUCAGAAGCUGCAACAGCUUCUGAUGACUUGAUGCUAGCUCUUCAACAGCUGUCGUGUGAGUCUAAAACUGCCCUGCAAGAAGCUGAAAUGAUGCAGAAGAGUGCAGCAGAGUUAAGAAUUGAAGCUGAAGCAGCACGUGUUGCGUUAACAGAAGCGGAGGAACGGUUGCAAUCAGCUUUGAAAGAAGCAGAAGAAGCAAAAGCAGCUGAAGCGAAGGCCCUUGAUCAGAUUAAGCAACUAUCAGACAGAGCAAGUGCUGUUCAAGCUUCAACUUCUGAACCCGGAGGAAAGGUCACAAUCUCAAAAGCGGAGUUUGAAUCUCUUAGCCGUAAGUUAAAGGAGUCAGAGAAGUUGAGUGAGAUGAAAGUAGCUGCUGCCAUGGCGCAAGUGGAAGCUGUUAGGGCCAGCGAGAAUGAGGCAAUACAGAAAAUGAAAACUGCCCGGAGAGAGAUGGAGGACAUGGAAUUAGCAACAGAGGAGGCACUGAAGAGGGCGGAGAUGGCUGAAGCAGCAAAGAAGGCUGUAGAAGGUGAGCUUAAGAGGUGGCGUGAAAAGGAACAGAAGAAAGCUGCAGAGUCCGUGUCUUCUGCAGAAGCGCAAGCACACGCAACCACACUCUCAUCUGUACACAAGGCUCCUGCUGGAAAACCCACCGAGAAGAAUGAUGGGCAUCAAAGGAACAGCAGAAUGCUGUUGAGGAAGGGCUUUGUGUUGCCAAACAUCACAGGCAUGUUUCAUAAGAAGAAGGGCCAUGUCGAUGGCAGUUCUCCAUGA